CACGUGACGAACGGAGCUCAGCGCAGAUGCGGAGCGCUCGAGCGAGACGACCAGAGAACUCGUUGGGAUUUGCAGCAUUCAUUUGUAACCAGCGCAUUGGAAUGGAAACAAAAGGAAUAAUACUGCAAAUGGACCCUUGAAAUGAGCUUUUCCAUAUAGUUUAAGUGACAGAAGUCAGAUCUUCAAGAAGCAAGCAAACUGUUCCUUGGUGACAAACUGGAUCGACCACAGGAUAUGUGUGAUAAAUGUUAUUCCGACUAACUGUUGAGUUUCCAUGGCUCUGGAUGAGGUAAUCAAAUUGGGAGAACUCAGAUGCUGACAGAAAUUUGAAUGAAGAUCUGAGGACAAAUUAACAAAACAAAAUAAUAGCUAAUGAUGUCCAGAAAUAAUGAAUCUGGUCAUUCAGUAGGGAUGUUGGCAGCCCUGGAACAUGGUCCCAUCCUCUGCAGCGACUCCAACAUCUUGUGCCUGUCGUGGAAAGGGCGGGUCCCCAAGAGUGAGAAGGAGAAGCCCGUGUGCCGAAGGAGGUACUAUGAGGAGGGAUGGCUUGCCACUGGAAAUGGAAGGGGUGUCGUUGGGGUUACGUUCACGACCAGCCACUGUAGAAGGGACAGGAGCACUCCACAGCGGGUCAACUUCAAUCUAAGGGGACACAACAGUGAGGUUGUUCUUGUCCGCUGGAACGAGCCCUUUCAGAAGCUGGCGACAUGUGAUCAGGAUGGUGGAAUAUUUGUUUGGAUCCAGUAUGAGGGCCGCUGGUCUGUGGAGCUGGUGAACGAUCGUGGCGCACAGGUGAGCGACUUCACUUGGUCGCAUGAUGGUACGCAGGCACUCAUCUCCUACCGGGAUGGCUUUGUGCUAGUCGGCUCAGUCAGUGGUCAGAGGCACUGGUCGUCAGAGAUCAAUCUUGAGAGCCAGAUUACCUGUGGGAUUUGGACCCCUGAUGAUCAGCAGGUUUUGUUCGGGACAGCGGAUGGCCAGGUGAUUGUCAUGGACUGCCAUGGCCGGAUGCUCGCCCAUGUCCUGCUCCACGAGCUGGAUGGCAUCAUCAGCAUGUCCUGGAACUACCCCAACUUCGUAAUGGAGGACAGCAGUGAGAGUGACACUGAUUCUGAUGAUCACAGCAAACCACAAGCUCACACCCAGAAGCCCCUUCUCACAGUCACCUUCACGUCUGGGAACAUCAGUUUAAUGAACAACUAUGAUGACCUCUCCCCUGUCAUCAUCCGCUCAGGGCUUAGAGAUGUGGUGGCGCAGUGGUGCUCUCAGGGAGACCUCUUGGCUGUGGCUGGCCUGGAGAGGCACAGCCUUCCCACAGACCUGGCCUGCAUCUCCCUUGUGAAGAAUGUCCUUGUUAAGUUCUACAAUGUCCAUGGGGAGCAUAUCUACACUCUGGAGACACCUGCACAGCGGCCAAUCACCACUGUGUGCUGGGGCCACCGUGACUCGCGGCUUUUUUUGGCAUGUGGCCCGGCUCUGCAUGUGGUGCGGGUGGAGCACCGGGUGGCUAGCCUGCAGCUGCUGUGCCAGCAGGGCAUCGCCAGUGUCCUGCGUGAGGAGAAGGAUGUUGGCAAACUCAACAUGCCCCCCCGCCUCUGCUCCUAUGUUACCACCGCCUUUAUCCCUACAAUCAAGCCUCCCAUUCCUGACCCAAACAACAUGCGUGACUUUGUGAGCUACCCCACUGCGGGCAAUGAGCGGCUUCACUGCACCAUGAAACGCACAGAUGACAGCUCGGAUGAGGGUGGGCCCUGCUACACUCUCUACCUGGAGUACCUAGGUGGGCUUGUGCCCAUCCUAAAGGGCCGCCGCAUCAGCAAACUGCGCCCGGAGUUUGUCAUUGUGGACCCCAAAGAAAACUUCAAAGCAGAUGAGGUGUAUGGAAACAGCCUGAUUUCCUCGAUGAUCGACAGUUGUAAUUGCUCAGAUUCUAGCGACAAUGAGCUUAACGAUGACUGGGUUGGGAAGAAGUCAUCCAAGAUGUCAAGAGGAAACAAGUCACCCAAACUUUCUAGAAUCAAUAUCGAUGCAAGAAAAUCCCCUAAGCUUUCCAGGGCUGCACAGGAAAUAUCUCGCUCACCACGGUUACCUGCACGGAAAUCUUCCAUUGGCUCCCCUGGUCUUACACGCAAAGAGUUUCCUAUAGAUGACAUUUCUGAGCAUAAUUACCUUGCUCAGGUGACAUCUAAUAUUUGGGGCACCAAGUUUAAGAUUGUUGGGCUUGCCUCCUUCUUGCCAACAAACCUUGGUGCAGUUAUAUACAAGACAAGUUUACUUCACCUUCAGCCACGACAGAUGACCAUUUACCUGCCAGAAGUGCGCAAGAUUUCUCUCGACUUAAUGAGUCUCCCUGUUUUUAAUCCCAAUGUCUUCAGUGAGGAUGAGGAUGAUUUGCCAGUCACAGGUCCCUCUGGAGUAGCUGAUGACAACCCUCCUUGUACGGUCAACAUCCCCAUCGCUCCUAUCCAUAGCCCUGCCCAGGCUAUGUCUCCCACUCAGAGUAUCGGGCUUGUACAAUCCCUGUUAGCUAGUCAGAAUGUUCAGCUUGAUGUUCUAACCAAUGCCACUGCCAGUGCAGCUGCCAUUUCAGGAGUCCCUGGACACAGUCAGGAUGCUGGGGCGGCACAAUACAAUAUACCCACCAGGUACCCCAAUCCUGGUCAAAUGAUCUUCAGUGGGUUAGAGAUGGGACGUCUUCUAGUUGGGCUUCAGCCCCCUCAUCAGCAGCAGAUUCAGCAGCAUCAACGUCAACCACAACAUCAUCAACAGCAAAUGCAGCAGCAUCAACAGCAAAUGCAGCAGCAUCAACAACAAAUUCAGCAACAGCAACAACACAUUCAGCAGCAGCAACAGCAAAUUCAGCAGCAACAGCAUCAACAACAACUGCAACAGCAUCAACAAAUGCAGCAGCAAGCACAUCAACAAAUGCAGCAGCAAGCACAUCAACAAAUGCAGCAGCAAGCACAUCAACAAAUGCAACAGCAGCAGCACCAACAAAUGCAGCAGCACCAACAAAUGCAGCAGCACCAACAAAUUCAACAGCACCAACAAAUUCAACAGCAGCACCAACAACAAAUGCAGCAGCAUCAGCAACAAAUGUUGCAACACCAACAACAAAUGCAACAGCAUCAGCAACAAAUUCAGCAGCAGCAACAGUUACAGCAGCAUCAACAAAUACAGCAGCAGCAACAGGUGAAGCAGAAGCAGCAACAGAAGCAACAGCAUUUUCAGCAUCCGUUGCAGCAUCAGCAAAUGCAGCAACAGUUGCAACAUCAGCAAAUGCAGCAACAGCUGCAACAACAACAAAUGAAACAUCGACUGCAGCAGCAACAGUUAAAGCUGCAACAACAGCAAAUUCAACAGCAACAGCAACAGAUUCAGCAACAGAUUCAAGAGAUGAGACAGCAGCAGCAGCAAGUGCAACAGCAGCAUCAGCAAAUGCAACAGCAACACCAACAAAUGCAACAGCAGCACCAACAGAUGCAGCAGCUUAAGCUCCAAAUUCCUCUGCCUCCACUGUCAGCUAGUCAUCCACAGGUUGCUUUGCCUCAGCCUCAGGUUGUGAUCCAGAUCCCCCGCUUUUCUGAUGAACACGGAUUAGAGAGAAGAGAGCAAGAGCAUCAGUUGAAAAUCAAAUCACCACACUCUGUCCCUCUCCUUCCCGAAGGCGAUGCAAUGAUUUUCAGUGGCCCUCUGGAGAUCAGCAAAAUGAACCCGCCACCACCUUAUCCAGGCACAGUAGCAUCUGCAGUUUCAAUAGGCUCUGCAAGCCCCAGCAGCAGCAACACCACCCAACCACACUUAGACCUUUGCCUAAAGAAGGACUUUUUGCUGUACCCAGUGGUUUCCCAGUACCAGACCCCUGUAGGCUAUGAAAGGAUAACAACUUUUGACAGUAGUGGAAAUGUGGAGGAGGUGUGUCGUCCUCGCACACGGCUGGUAUAUAACUCAAGCAUGUAUCCUCUCCAGGGGCCGGGAAGUUCUGCUACUAUGAGAGUAACUUCUGAGAAGAAGAAGGUGCAGCUUCCAUAUACCUCUGCCACUCUUAAUCGGCUCACAAUACCACGGUACUCAAUACCCAGCAGGGAUCCACCGCCAUAUCCUGACCAGGCAAGUUCUGCACGGAAUCCUGGCCCGCAGUUAGAUGCUGGACUCAUUCAUGCCACACUACAGCGCAACCCCAGAGAAGGAGCCUUGAAAGUCCCUCAAAUUUCUGCCAAAACUCUGCCUACGAAGUCCAAAGUAAACCGAGUUCUAGCAGCCUCCUACCAUCAGAGGGUGUCCAAAGGCUUGCACACUUGUAGCCAGUGUAGUAGUAAUGGAAGCAGCACUGGUGCAAAUGCUAAUGGCAGUGGAACUAGCAGCAGUGGCAAUAGUAAUGGUAUUACAGGUGGAACUAUACUGAGGCCAGAUUUUCCACUUAGUAGUUCUGCCCAGCUAAGUACGAUUGUUGUGCAUUCUAACAGCACGUCACCUCUGACCUCGCAGUCCUCCUAUAACUUGCUUAGUCCUCUGGAGAAUGGCAGAGACAGGACAGAGUACAUUAAUUCUGCCUUUACAGAGGAUGAGGAGCUGAGUCAACAGUGCCACUUGGAGAAGUCUAUCCGCCACUUAACCCUGGGUGAUGUCAGUCUAACGCUGAAACGACCCCCUCCUUACCAAUGGGAUGCUUCUGCAGCCGAGGAGAUCUGGGUUCCUCGAGAACAAACAGCCUUAACAGCUCCUGCAGGGCCUCACAAACCACCGCCCAUCAUCCUCAACCCAGAUCAGCACUUAAAUGUGUCUCGGUUGCCCUUUGACCUUCCACCACAGUCUCCAACAAGUCUUAGUGCUGCCACAUUCCAGUCAGGUUACCAGAUCCCCUUACCCUUUCCUCCAGGUGCAGGUUAUAACGGACCUUCGCUCCAGGCAUUGCAGUCUACUCCACAGGCUUGUCCUCUCAAGGAGGUUGUGGCCCCUCUCCCCUUCACUCAGCAGGAGCCUACCAUGGUCCUACCCCCUGGCUACCCACCAAAUUUAGCCAACUUGUCCUGUUGUUCAUUGCCACCUAUCUAUCCAGGUGCCAGCUCCUGCACUGGACUGCAGUUGCCCCCUACACCCAUUCAUCCUUGGAACAUCUAUAGCCCUUGCCCACCAAUGCAAAAUUCUACAGAUACACUUCCCAGCAAAUCCCACCAGGCAGUAGAGAAGCCAAAGCUCUCGCCUGCUCCUCCUUCAGAUGUCCAAAAUCACCUCAGUUUCUCAGAAGCCAUGGCAGAAGCUAGUGAAGCGCUCCAGGAAGUGUUGCCUCUGAGUGAGAGCCCUAUGUCUCAAAGGGCAGAUGAGUUUGGCAAAAAGAGCCGUAGGAGUCUAGACAGCCAAGGAGAUGAGGCCAGUGUUGCAGCCGUGGCUCAGGGCAAAGGGAAGAAAGAGGGCCGGGUCCUUGGGGACUUCAACACUCUGAUGUCCAGUCCAAGCCUCAGCCGGGAGAAGAAGAAGCCCAAGAGCCAGAAGGAGCAGCAGAAGGCUAAAAAGCUGAACAAGACCAACGAGUUUCAGGACAGUUCUGAGAGUGAGCCGGAGUUGUUUGUCAGUGGAGAUGAGCUCAUGAAUCAGAGCCAAAGUGGGAAGAAGGGCUGGAAGAGCAAGCGCAGCCCACGUACCACCAACGAGCUGGAGGAGAUCAAGUGCCGUAAGGCUAAUGAGAAAGAGGACAGAGGCCUGGGCAGUCAGGGUUUCGUGUAUGUCAUGGCUAACAAGCAGCCGCUGUGGAAUGAGGCAACUCAAGUGUACCAGCUGGAUUUUGGAGGAAGGGUCACGCAGGAGUCAGCUAAGAACUUCCAAAUAGAGUUGGAAGGAAGACAAGUAAUGCAGUUUGGCAGAAUAGACGGCAACGCCUACAUCCUGGACUUUCAGUACCCGUUCUCAGCAGUGCAGGCCUUCGCUGUGGCUCUUGCUAAUGUCACCCAGCGGCUUAAAUAAAGAGAUCAUUGCUGUAAUCCAAGAGCAAAUUGGUGGUGAUAUCACAGGUUUCUUAUGCUGCCACAAAAAGAGGGGCUGUCUGUAUAGUUUGCUUGCAGGGGGAGUUUGGAUGGGAGGGUGGAUAGGAAGCUGGAGGCUGAUGGAUGGUUUGGAAUCUUUCAUGAGGAUACUGGCUUAACUUAAUGCAUUUGCUCUUCAAUUUUUAUGCUGCUUUAAUGUAUAGAAGCUGGUGGAACAGCUGCCCUCUUUACAGGCUGCCUUAUGUAACUUUCUUAAUUUCUACAGUUAACAUUUUUUUUAGCCCUUCAGACCAUCACUAAAGCUUAAUUUACUACAACUGGCUGUUAAAUGAGUGUCUUAUACUUAGAGAUCUUAGAGUUGUUACUGGGCACUGAAGUUGAUAGCGCGAAUUAAGUCAAAAAAUAAACUAAUUUUGUCAAAGUAUUAUAAUAAUAGAUAAUAAACAUUUAAUUUCAUGUAGUAUUUCACACAUUUUAAAUAUGGAUCCACAGUUGAUUUAGAGAAUAUUGAUGUCUUCAAUAUGUGUCUUAGAGCACUUUCAAUUGACUUCAGCACUUUUAAUUGAUCUGUAUUUCCACUGUAUGCGAAAACCUAUUUAAAUGAAGAAUGCGAGUAUGUCAGCAUUUGACUGACCAUAAUUUUACAUAUCCAAAGACAUGGUCCAUAACAGUCAUGGGAAUUUGUAAAUGUUUCUGUUCAGUGACCUUUUCUUGUACUUCAUUGUAUAUCACUACAUUUCAUCUGCUAAGAGACAGGGAAGCCUGUAAUUAUUAACCAAAUGACAAAGAAAUCUCCCACUACUCCUAGUUUCAGUGUGUUAGUUAAUGAAAUUACAUAAUACCAAACCAGAGGCCUGAUAAUUUGUGUGUGUUUAUGUAUAUUAUCAGCCUGAUAAUAAUUAAUGUGCUUUGCUUCAACUAUAUCUGUAAUAAUGCAUUUUGUACAUGCACAUAUAAGAUUUUUUAUUUAAAAACCAGUACAGAAGUAGGU